GCGGGGCGGGACCGGCCAGAGGGGGUGCGCGCCGAGGCGGUGGUACAGCCUGGAGCACCCGGCAGCUGCGGGCCGGGGACGCUGGACCCCUCUCCACGCCGAGAAAGAAGGGAAGAAGGAAGAAGCCAAGUCCCCACCCACCCAAGGAUGACACUAAACACCCAGCAAGAAGCAAAGGCCCCCCUGCGUCGGCGAGCCAGCACCCCACUGCCCCUGUCCCCCCGGGGCCACCAGCCUGGCCUGAGCGCAGCGCCUUCCACCGCCACGCAAGCCCAGCAUCCACGGCUGGGCCAGUCAGCCUCGCUCAACCCGCCCACCCGGCAGCCUUCACCUGCCCCCGACGGGUGGUCCUCUGACUCCAGCGACUCUGAAGGCUCCUGGGAGGCCCUCUACCGCGUGGUGCUGCUCGGGGAUCCUGGCGUAGGGAAGACCAGCCUGGCCAGCCUCUUUGCAGGGAAGCAAGAACGGGAGCUCCAGGAACCGCUGGGAGAAGAUGUGUAUGAGAGGACCCUCACAGUGGAUGGAGAAGACACCACGCUGGUGGUCAUGGACACCUGGGAGGCUGAGAGACUGGACCGAAGCUGGAGCCAGGAGCCAUGCCUGCAGGCGGGCAGCGCCUACGUCAUCGUGUACUCCAUCGCAGACAGAGGCAGCUUCGAGAGCGCCUCCGAGCUCCGCAUUCAGCUGCGGCGCACACAUCAGGCGGACCAUGUGCCCAUCAUCCUGGUGGGCAACAAGGCGGACCUGGCACGCUGCAGGGAAGUCUCCGUGGAAGAGGGACGCGCCUGCGCGGUGGUGUUCGACUGCAAGUUCAUCGAGACCUCAGCCACGCUGCAGCACAACGUGGCCGAACUCUUCGAGGGCGUGGUGCGCCAGCUGCGCCUGCGCCGCGGGGACGGCAGCGCCCGCGAAUCGCCCGCGCCCCGACGGCGGGCCAGCUUCGGUCAGCGAGCUCGUCGCUUCCUGGCACGCCUGACAGCCCGCAGCGCCCGCCGCCGGGCGCUCAAGGCCCGCUCCAAGUCCUGCCACAACCUGGCCGUGCUCUGAGGCCGCCCUCCCUCCCAGAGGCGGUGGGACACUGGGGUGCACCACGAGCGCCGCCGACGCCACCGAGGGUCAAAGGCACGGUGACCCGGGGUGCGCAUCGUGGGCCUUACCUACCCGCCGCCCGGAGGGCCAGAGCAUCUCCCGGAGCCACAGCUUCGGGGACCCCUCGGCCCUUGGAAGCGAUGUACAGACUAUGGGGCCGAAGCCCAAGCUGGACAGAGAGUAGGUUUUUUUACACCAUGCAUACCUUUUUGUAAAACCUUUCCUUACCCCUGGGCUCUGGCCAACCCUCAGAAACAUUCCCGCCCCCGCCCCGCCUCAA